CUCCUCCUUAGUCCAGCCGGUUCGGAGGUAGGCUGACCGGCCCACUUCUGUUACUGUAAACCUCCCAGAGAGCUUCGGCUGUUGAUGGACUUUUUGAUGAACUUUGCCUGGUUAAAAAGUUUGUGCCUGAGGUCAGAACAUCUGAUCUUCCUCUGGAUGAGAAAUGGGUGCAGUUGCUAAAGAGCAUCAGAUCAAGAAUUCUGGUGAAGGUUGUCAGUGCAGUGUUUGCCAUCCCAAAUGUCCUCCCUUGUCCUUAACAUGGCUGCAACCGUAUCUACUCAGAAAUUGCAGCCAAACUGAAUUUAACACUGGAAAAAGGAGAAACUGAGAGAACUGAGACAUUUUCCCAUCCCUAGAACUGUCAGGAGGGCAGCUCCGCAGCUCCGUAGCCGUUCCACCAUACAUGCCACUACUGGAUGUGAAACAAACAGAUUGGUUUCAGGAAUGGCCGGAUUCCUAUGUAAAAUGCAUCUAUAGCUCUGAUGAUAAAAAUGCUCAGAGGCACCUGAGUAGCUGGGCAAUGAGGAAUACCAACAAUCACAACUCACGGAUCUUAAAAAAGUCCUGCCUUGGAGUUGUUGUCUGUAGCAAUGAUUGCUCAGCUUCUGAUGGGGGGAAGAUGUAUCUGAGACCAGCUAUAUGUGACAAGGCCAGGCAAAAGCAGCAAAGGAAAUCAUGUCCCAACUGCAAUGGGCCUCUGAAGCUUAUUCCCUGCCGAGGUCAUGGUGGGUACCCUGUAACCAAUUUCUGGAGACAUGAAGGACCGUUCAUUUUUUUUCAGUCAAAGGGAGCUCAUGAUCACCCAAGGCCAGAAACAAAAUCAGAAGCUGAAGCAAGACGAUCAAUACAAAAAGCACACACGCCACCUUCUCCAAGACUUAAACGGAGCAGAGAUACUGAGUCCCCAGCAGGUAAGAAGCCAAUUCAGGACACUUUGCCAUUAAUUUUUUCCAAACAGGAAGACUUUAUGUCACAAAGUAGCUUCACUGGACAUUUCAGAGACAAAAAUCCUCAAGAGCAGGUGCUAAAUAAUUGCCUCUCUCUUGCUAAAGGCUACAGUUCAAGAAAAUCAUCUUAUCUAAUAGAGCAUGCUCAGGACAUAGACUGCAGCAAAUACUUGGGCAAGUGCAAACAGACUGGAAAUAGAGAAUGUAACUACAGAAGCCCAGCUGAACCUACUGCAUUUGCAUAUUCUGAACAUAGAGAGCAGCAAACCUGGAAUAAGAACAUGGGUUUAGGAAGAAAUCCAUCAGCAGAGAAAUACUGCAGCGGCUCUACUACAACCCUUGCGGGCCUGCACUGUGAAACACUAACUUCCAUAAAUACAGUUGAUGUGGGUGUCCAGCAUGCUCCUACUAGAUGGGAACCAACUGCAAAGGUUGGCUACCACUCAUUUAGAGCAAAUGUAGGUACAUUCGGAGGAGAAGAUAUGUAUGGAGGAAAACCACACCUGCCUUAUAACGGCAGUCAUGCCCCUUCCUCCUUUGGCUUGCUCCCUCCUGAGGAGCCCCACCUCAUUGCACAUGCUGGCCAUCACUAUUACCAGAACUCCUUGCCCAUAAAAGGAAAUGAAUGGCACACUGAAGAAGAAAAGAAAUACACAAAUCUGGACCACUGCAACAAUGAGAUGUUGUUUAACUUCUUCCCUUUACGAUGACACCACCCUGCCAUUCCCCGCCCAUCUCUCUGUCUCUGAGCAUCUUUGCUAUCCUGAACCUUGGGGAGUUACUUAUGCUU